UCUCCUUCCCGAGCCGGAGGCGGACGAGGUAAGAAGAAGCAGCCGCACAAGGAACCCUACCGCCGCCGCAGCAGCAGCCAUGGGUAUCGACCUCGAAGCCGGCGGGAGGAACAAGAGGACCAAGCGCGUCGCCCCCAAGUCCGACGAUGUGUACCUCAAGCUCCUCGUCAAGCUCUACCGUUUCCUGGUGAGGAGGACCAAGAGCAAGUUUAAUGCCGUCAUCCUCAAGAGGCUCUUCAUGAGCAAGACCAACCUCCCACCGCUCUCCAUGCGCCGCCUCUCCAACUUCAUGAAGGGCAAGGAGGAGAAGAACAUUGCUGUGGUUGUUGGUACAAUCACAGAUGACAAGAGGAUCCAAGAGAUCCCGGCCAUGAAAGUUACUGCCCUGAGGUUCACUGAGACGGCCAGGGCAAGGAUUGUCAACGCUGGUGGGGAGUGCCUCACGUUCGACCAGCUUGCUCUCCGUGCUCCGACAGGGGAGAACACGAUCCUCUUGAGGGGACCCAAGAAUGCACGUGAGGCAGUGAGGCACUUUGGCAAGGCUCCUGGUGUGCCGCACAGCCACACCAAGCCGUAUGUGCGCUCCAAGGGCAGGAAGUUUGAGAAGGCUCGUGGUAGGAGGAACAGCCGUGGCUUCAAGGUCUGAUUUAAUCGCUGUCUGCGUCGUGCGACUGUUGUUCUGUUUGAGCAAUUGACAGUAAUUAGUAAAGUACUUUGUACUGAGAGUAGCCCCUGUGUUGGAAUGAUAUUUUGCAAGAUUCUUAUCUCUGUCAACUGUUUUGAGUUUGUGAGCAUGAAGACAAUAUUUUGUUGCA